AAACUACUGACGGUGUUUUCAUUAUGAAGGGCUGUAUACAAUGUUUAAGAGUCAUACUAGUAGUUUUUAACUUCCUGGUUGUGCUUAUUGGGUUGGCAGUUUUGGGCUUUUCUGUUUACAUCUAUCUGGAACCAGAGGCACAAGACAUCAUACUUGCGUCGGGACAGCAACAUGCGGUACAAAUAAUGUUGUAUGCUCUUAUGGGCAUCGGUGGAAUCACUUUAGUAAUAGCACUGUUUGGCUGUUGUGGUGCUUACCAUGAAUCGCAGUGUCUUUUGGGAACAUAUUUCACUAUUCUAAUAGUGAUCUUUGCAACUCAAGUAACAGGAGCCACAUUGGGUUAUUUAUACAGAGAGGAGAUUAUGAAAUAUGUCGAUGAUCGUAUGAGAGAAGGUAUUGAAGAGUACUCAAUGCUACGUGAUCAACGUGAAAAUCCCGUACCGUUUAUGGAUUCCAUUCAACGUAUGGUAAGUUAUUGUUUUCUCAGAAAAAUUUUAUCGAUAUUAUUUCGUGUUAAAACUUGUUUACUGAUAUUUGUUGUUUUUGUUUCUAGACAUUGAAUGUAAAUAAAAAAUACUCGCUAAAACUAACCAAGUUAUAUAGUGUAUUAUUUAUUUAUAUUGCUCUCACAUGCGAGAUUUAUUCAUAAAUUUUAUUAAUUAUUCUCACCAGUCUGAAACAUGACACAUGAAUAAGAAAAGCAAAUAAAAUAUAGUUUCGCUUAGUGUACUAACAUUUUAAGUUUUUGAUUUUCGUCUUAAUUAAAUUUCAUAUUAAUUUGUUUGAUAUUUAUUAUUUAAGCUUUUAAUAAAUUCAGCAAUUUUUUUCGAUGGAGGUACUUCUACCUGAAGUUUGUGCAGAUGAUGUCGUUCAGAAGAACGAUGAAGUCUCCACGAACAAACCAAUCAGCUGAGAAAACAAAACUCCAUCAAAAUCAUCCACUUGAGCUACAAAUCUUCUCCAUCAUCUCAGUUAGUAAUCAUAGAACUACAUGAUUUCGAUAUUUAAGUAAAAUAUACACGGCAUCGUUAAUCGUUUUUUAGUUCAGUCACUGUAACUGAUCUGUUGUGAAUUAUUUUUAUUCAAAAGUUCAAUUUAAUGUGAAAUUUAAAUUUUUAGAAUCUCAUCAAUAAAAAGAAAAACAAUGAGAAUACGUUUGCUUUCAGUUUAGUUUCAUGUGAUAUCAUAAAGUCUGACGGGGUUUACUGUAUGUAAGGGGUAUAAAAUUAGUCGUUUCAUAACGUUUUAUCCUUGUAAAUAAUAACUCAGACGACUACAUCAGGAUAUGCCUUGUUUGUUAAGUAGACAAUAUAGCUGAAUGUUUUAUUGUAAAGUUUUCCCCUAGAUAAAUUUGAAUAAAAUAAUGACAAAGAAUGUGGUAGCAAAAUGUAAAUUUAUUCAUCUCGUAGGUUUUCUUCAGCUGCUUAAAACCUUGGUACAGUAGUAAUAAUUAUUUAGAUCCCGUAUUAAUACUUUACAUCAUAAUAGUGAACACUGGUAAAAAUGCGAAAAAAUAUAAAAGGAUUAUGAGAGUACUCUAGUGAUUAAUGAUUUUCAAAAUCUUCCCAAAUUAUCAAUACACAAGCAACUUCGAAUUUUUUUAAUGUUUUGCUGUAGUUGUCUAUCAGAAGGGUUAAACCGAUCCCAGGCAUCCUAAAGGAGAUAUACUUAUAUAACUCGGAUCACCCUAAUGACGUUAACUCCCAUCAACAAACUACAUCAUACCUUAUUUCAUGCUGUCAACUAUAAAUUCCUUUCCUUCAUUCUUGUGUCAUUUUCUUGGCUUUACUUAUUUUAUUCUAUUAAUAUACCCGUUUCUAAAAUCGUUAUCACGCUCCUUUUUACAUAAAUUUUCAUUUUAGAGAAACUUGUGUUCUAAAUUUUCUUAUUAGUUAACAUGUAUGUGUUUUCUAGAAUUCUUAUUCACUUACUGACUUGAUUUUGCUAAUCUCCAUGUAUAUGGAUAUGUCUUAACUAAAUUGUACAAUUGUUUUCAGGUUGAAAGUGAAAAGAAACUACGAAAGAAUCAGAAUUCCAUCAAUGUAUAAAGCUGAGUAUAUAUGAAGUGAUGUCAAUAUUUAAAAUUCAGUUCAAAGUUUGUAAUAGACGGCAUUGAUGUUGAUUAUCAGUUUUCAUAUUUACUUGUAAAAGCGUUCUAAUCAAGUGAUUACAUGUUUGCCAUCAGAUAGUUUACACAGCAUCAAACUGAUCAACUAAGGGGCUAUUAAGAGUAGUGAGAAUUGAAAAAGUAAAUAUGUUUUGCUCGUUUACUUCUUAAAAUGUCAAAUUAGAGUUCACUCACGAUUAAUGUGACAUUCUGUAUGGGAACUGCUUACUGGUCUAAACCUCUCAUUCUUGUAAAAGUGAAGUGUGUGUAAUAUCAACUUUUAAAAAAACUUGUUUAAACAAAGCAGUUAAUGAAUGAUUGAAUCCCCAUAUUUUUACUAAUUAAAUUAAAUUUCUCAUAUUGAUGGAUACUUGUGAACUUCCUUGUUUAUAUACAGAUGACUGUAAUGUAUAUUCAUUAUCAUGUGAUUGAAAUAAAUUGUACAAAAUCAAAUGCCUAAUACCUGUGUGUUUAACGAUUUUUUUGUGACUGUCCGUUUUCUAACUGGACAAAGUGACAAGCGGGUUUUGUUUUCUCUAUCUAAAUACUUUCACUUUGUUAAUUUUCAUCUUUGUGUAGUUGCGCUGUUGUGGUGUCAAUGGUUACGAAGAUUACCGUGAAAGUAUACCCAUAGCAUGUUGUGACCAUCAUGUAAGCACAUGUCUAAAUGCAUUACUGUCACCCGAAGAAGUUUAUAAAGAAGGUUGCAAAGAUAAAUAUAAAGUAAUGUUGAAAGAUAAAUUGGUCAUUAUAUUCCUUGCAACUGUUUCUAUUGCAGCUUUUGAAAUAUUUUGUCUUCUCUUUUCAAUGGUUAUGUGUUGCACAAUUCGACAAUAUCAUUCAGAUUAUUAUGGAGUCAAUUAUUCAAUUGCUACUUGAUCAACGAAGUUCUAUUUUUUCCUUCUAAUUUGCGUUACUUUUUAUCUAAUAUACCACCAGGUACCUUUCGAUUACUUUCAUGUUUUGUUGUUUUCCAAUCCAACCUUCUAGCUUUCGUUGCUUCUUGUUAUUCUUACUGUCAUUUAAAAAAAAUUGUUCCUUUGAUGAUUCAAUACCAACUUUUUAUUUUUCUUUAUUCCUUUAAUUCAAUCGUGGAAGUUUGAAGUUGCUAUUUAUGCGAUCCAUUAUUCUGGUAAUACUGUGUUAAUCUAUCAGAUGAAUUUGACACUUGUUUCUAAAAAAACACAAAGAAACAUCGAACUUCUUUUUGAUCUAUGCUGAUAAAUGUAAUUCUCAUGGUACUUUUUGUCAUUUUCUAUUUUAUUAAAUUAGUAUAAAUUAAACGUUAUGUCAUUGCCAUUUAUAAUGCUCAUUUCAGCUAUCCUCUUUGCUUACAUAACCUUCAUUAAACUUUGUUUUUAAAACAAAAUAUUAUUUCAAUAAAUUUCCCAUUUUGUAUUCAUCAUCGUAAUAUUUAUUAAAAUUGUUUUUAUUGGAAUCGUUUUCUUAAUUCAUAUAAACUUCAUUGAUUUUCGUGUAAAACAUAAACGUAUUGUUUGACAUUUUCCCCAAUUCCUUCCUUCAUAAAUCAUCAUACUUAUAAAACGUCUUUUAAACCAUGUGGUAAAUUUAUAAUUAUGUAAUUUUUUUUGUAGACUGUUGAUCACCAUAUUAGUUGACCGAGUGAAUAAAUUAGUAAUUCUUCUUUAUUAAUUCUUUUAAGUUUUUAUUUCUUGUUUCAAUUUUUUAUUUGGCCUAAUAUUAUUACUAUUAUGGUUCAUUCAUCUGUAUCUGAUUCUCUUUCAAAUUUCUUUUGCCAUGUUUGCAUAUUGAUUUUUGUUUUCUACAUCUUGUUAAAAGAAAUUGUCUUCACAUACUUCUUUGUGUUGGUUACUUUUAGCUUAUACCAACACGUACACACAAACAUACGCUUGUACAGUGUUCAGAAAAGAAGACGACAAAGAAGAGAAAAACCGUUAAGCGAGAUAUAUGCGUUUUAUCGAACAUUUGUUCUUUCUGUUGUUGUUAAUGUUUCUGUUGUAUUUUGAUGUUCUUAUUCUAGUCAUCGUUGCUCUUUUCAAGCGUAUUCAACGAUUUUUUUUAAAAAGUAAUAUUGUACACAUUUCAUGCAAGUGGUAAAUAGCAAAACAAAAGAUAAAAUAUUAACCUACUUUCUGUCACUAUAUAUCUAAAUGUAUUGGGGACAAAUAAAGCUAGUUUGUUCUUGAAAUAUUGAUUAAUGUUAGUGAAUAGAUUACGAAGAAUGCCUUGAGGUUUAUAAGACUAACUCAUUAAACGAUUAGACUAUGAAUAUCAAUCAACUGUGGGAACUUUAUAGUUAGUGCGUGUGUAUGUGUUAUUUAGGUGAAUCAAGGUUACAGUUAGUCAUAUAGUUACAAAACUUGGAAUAAACCUAUACACAAACACACCAAAAGUAUAACUUACUUAUAAAUACAAUAAUUUAUGCUGCUAAAAUUUGUACCGAAUAUAGUAAGUCUUUUCUUAUGCUGUUGUCCAACUUGUUAUUGGCACCAAAAGCAUGAUUCUUGUUGUGAUUCUCUUCGGCAGUGAACUUUUGUUUCUCUUUACCCUGUCGUUUUCCAUCCAUUCUGUGUUAUGAAAAAAGCAAACUAGGUAAUCAAAUAUUGGUAAGAUAUCAUAGCUCAAAGUUUUUGAUUUCUGUCUUUUAUUUUUGUUAUUCAUCAUUUAUGCAUUCAGCACAGAGCGCAUAUAUUGGUGCUUUGUGUUUAAAUUUACGUACAUCCAUUUACCUACACUCCACUGAUAAUUCAUGGAAAAGAGAACAUUUAUACAUUGAUUGAUUUGUGGAUAGCGAAUCAUUCUUCUUUUUUUCAUUAUUUCAUAAUGUGGUACACAAUAUCACUAAAGCGUAAAUUAAUAUUCAUUGUAAGAAAAUCGAUAUAGAAGAAUUAAAAGUAGUUGACAUUUGUAAAUGAUUGAUCUCAGUUAGAGUGCCAUUGAAAGCAUUAGUGUACGGUGGUAGUAAAGUAUUUGUUUUUAGUACAAUCCAUAAUUUACAUAUAGGUUUUCUUCACUCCUUACCUCCUAUGCAAUGAAUAUUACGUAUAAUAUUUGGAUGAAGGUCAGGAUGAAAUUUGCAUUUAAGAAACUAUGAAAUAGGCUUUGUUUUCUGAUGAUCAUUUCCGUUACUUUGGUUUGAAAAGGACACUCGCCUUUGUUACAACUGUAAAGAAUCUGUAAUUGUUGGUGAAGUGUGCUCAUUUGUAUGGGACCUCGUCACCUUUGUUUACUUGAACCUGCACAAAUCAUGUAAUCACAAAACUCAAUGUGAUUAUUUCCUUGAUUUAAAAUCUAAUUAACGAUGAAAGUAUGAAUUCGCAUGCGCGCAUUCAACAAACUAAACGGACUUAGCCUGACUUGAAAUCAAUUAUCAUCACCGAUUCUGAACAUUUAGUUUUAUCGGCACUUCAAUAAGUAUAUCAGAACGCAGUACAGCAAUGUUGACGAAGAUCAUUAGAGUUAUGUUGAAUUGUUAACCUUAGGUUCAAAAAUGUAUAAAAACGAGUGAAAGUGAAUUUUUAUAAAUUUUGUUUGUUAAGUUGCAUAUUCCCAUAUCAGUUAUAUAGAAAUUUACGUUCAAGUAAAUUACAACAGAAUAUUUCAAAUCUUAUUCGACUGUAGAAAUCGUAUAUAGACAAUUGUCAAAAUAAACUGAUCAAUUUUAUUAACAGAAAUAUCUAUAGUCUUCCUAAUUACACUCAUCAAUUUUCGCAGUAUUGUUAUUUUGAAAACAAAGGAAAGGAUGGGAAGAAAGCUUGAGAAAUUUUGCAGUAAUAUUAAUCAUGUUAAUUUGUUUCCAUUUAAUCCUGAUAAGUACGUCACCAAUUUACCACCCAUUGUUUUGUCGGCUAGUGAAGAGGAUGCACUUUCAGUUUUAAUUCUUCUGUCCCUAAACGCAAAUAGAGAUGAACGCCCGGUUUAAAACUCUUUCCGACCAACUGAGUACACUGGCCCCUACGUCUUUAAAUAAUCAGUUGGCGUAAAGCUAAACUGAUGGAUAUAUCGCACCAAUUUCAUAGUUGUAGAUGAAUGCCGAGAAGCAUAUUAACUUCACAGCAUUUUAAAUCAUUAAAAGAAUUACGAACAAACCCUGAUAUAAUAUGUUGUAGCCUGAUAAAGGAUCAGGUGUGCUCAUCGUG